UUCAAUAUAUUUCCCAAAAUUUGCAACACGAGGAUCUGCUUUGUUGGAACAGAACUCUGGAGAGAGAUCUGGGUGAAACUAAAAGAAGCACGAACAUAGUUUGAUUUGAUCCCCGACAAAUCGAAGUAAUGGCGAUAACGGCGACAAGAUUGGUAUCUCUGACUCUCUUGUGGAUAGUCGUCCUGUUCGUAACACUUGCUCUCAUCCAGAUUAAAUUGACUGAUGUUGCUGAUCCUAUGGUCAGUGAGAAGGUUGCUGAUCAGGUAGGAGAGGAUUUAGAAGGAGUUACCCACAAAGUUUACUUUGAUAUUCAGAUCAAUGGUUCACCUGCAGGGAGGAUUCUCAUUGGGCUUUUUGGGAAGAUAGUUCCUAAAACUGCAGAGAACUUUCGAGCGCUUUGCACGGGAGAGAAAGGAGUUGGGAACAUGGGGAAGCCUCUUUACUUCAAAGGAAGCAGUUUCCAUAGAAUCAUUCCUAGCUUCAUGAUUCAAGGUGGAGACUUCACACGAGGCGAUGGGAGAGGUGGAGAGUCGAUCUAUGGCGAUAAGUUUGCAGAUGAGAACUUCAAACUCAAACACACCGGGCCAGGAGUCUUAUCAAUGGCAAACUCGGGACCAGACUCCAACGGUUCACAGUUCUUUAUCACAACCGUCACCACAAAUUGGUUGGAUGGACAUCACGUUGUGUUUGGGAAGGUAAUGUCAGGCAUGGAAGUAGUGCGCAAGAUCGAAGCUCAAGGACAAAGCAGUGGAGAGCCCAAAGGAAAAGUUAUCAUUUUGGACAGUGGAGAAGUUUCUUUGUAAAUUAUCUGUCUUCCAGUUUUAGAAACUUCAAAAUCUAAACCAUAUGUAUGUUUUCUUCAUCUUUAUGAAACACACACAAAGAUCAAGUGUUCCACUC